AUGCGGAAGCAGACUGACAAGGCUUAUGACUACGACAAGGGCGUCAACUAUUACACGGUCCUUGGAGUUGAUGAAUAUGCACCAUUGGAAGAGAUCAAGAAGGCCUACAAGAAAUUGUCCUUGAUCUACCAUCCGGACAAGAUGGCCGGCCUCUCCAAAGAGGAGCAGGGAUAUGCUGAGACCCAAGUCAGCAUCUGGGCUUGUUUCGUCAAUGAGCAAAGGAGCAGGAAGAACGAGCGGGAGUCUUCAUUGAAAUCAAGCGCGUGCCUUAAAUCAGCAAAGGCAGUAAGUGCUCAGUGUCAAAGCAAUGUGCUUGUGUUUCAAGGAAUGCCUACCUUGUGCUCGGCGACCAGGCUUCGAACUUUGUGCUGGAACACUGUUUCCCAACAUCAUGAGGCGUGUGUUCGGUUGUGCUUUAGAUUCCCUGUCCCGCCGUGUGGGCCCAAACCUCUUGUCUCAAAGCCCGCUCCAGGACCAAUGGGAGCUUGUUCAGUCCCGUCCCUGUCAGCUGCAACACUCUUCGCAAGCAUUCUGCAGGACUCCUGGAGGGGUCUUCCGUCCGAGACAAUGAAGGCCAAAGCUGCACAUUUGGCACCACCAAUCCGUCUACAAAGGUGCAGACUUUCCCGAAGACCAGGUGCUUCCAGUCUUCGUGUUUUUGCAGCUGCAUUUGCAGCUGUGUGUGGCGCCGCUUGCUCCUGCAGUUUAUUGCUGACUGCUACGACGAAGGGAAAGAGGUUGCCGACUCAAGUGUGUGCUGCUCACAUCCCGCCUCUGUGA